UGCUCGAUUGCUGAUUUUUUUUUUGCUGGUCGUGCACUGGACACCAAGGUGUGCAACUUUACAACAGCAACCGGCUCUUACAGUCUUCGGUAUGUGGGAUUUAAAGUGAUUCUGGGUGUUCUGCAGUGCUCAGAGUUUGUAAGGGGAGAGCAGGGACAAGGACUGACGACUGGCACCUAAUCCCAGAACAAGAGAAGGAAGAUGGAUAAUCAUAGAGAUCUACCAAAGAUUAACAAAUGAUCCUGGAAACAAAAGAAGCUGCAAUGUUUCACGGAUGAAAUUUCUGGAUUAAAUGGAUGUGGUGGAGUUUGUUAAGACUAUACUUUUCAAGAUUCCCUGACUUUUUUUUAUUGUCAUUGAACCUUUUUGUAAAUUGCAAAAUUUAAAAGAAGUUUCUUUGCUUCCGCUAUCUGAAGAGUGUGAUACAGAAUGAGGUUUCUCUGGAUCUUUUUCCCCAUGUGCACAUAUCUGGCAAUCCACAUGGAUACAGCGGAAGGGCACAGCAUGUUUACCUGUGAGCCUGUCAUUCUGCGAAUGUGUCAGGACUUACCCUACAACACCACCUUCAUGCCCAACCUGCUGAACCACUAUGACCAGCAGACUGCAGCUCUCGCCAUGGAGCCCUUCCACCCAAUGGUGAACCUCCAGUGCUCUCUGGACCUGCGGCCUUUCCUGUGUGCUCUCUACGCCCCUGUGUGCACAGAGUAUGGCCGCGUCUCCCUGCCCUGCCGCCGGCUUUGCCAGCGGGCACACCGGGACUGCACCAAGCUCAUGGAAAUGUUUGGAGUGUCCUGGCCAGAAGAGAUGGAGUGCAGCAGGUUCCCAGACUGUGAUGAGUCUUACCCCCGCCCUGUGGACCUGCUAUCUAGUCUGGACAGCACAGAGGAGUCCCCCAUGGCCGUUCAGCGGGACUACGGCUUCUGGUGCCCACGUGAGCUGAAGAUUGAACCGGACCUGAGCUACUCCUUCCUCGGGGUGCGAGACUGCUCUCCUCCUUGCCCCAACAUGUAUUUCCGUCGGGAAGAGCUCUCCUUUGCGCGCUACUUCAUUGGCGUCAUCUCCAUUGUGUGUCUGUCAGCCACCCUCUUCACCUUUCUGACCUUCCUCAUUGACGUCACUCGCUUCCGCUACCCUGAGCGGCCCAUCAUCUUCUAUGCUGUCUGCUACAUGAUGGUCUCCUUGGUCUUCUUCCUGGGUUUCCUGCUAGAGGACCGGGUGGCCUGCAACGCUGCCAGUCCUGGCCAUUACAAGGCCUCCACUGUCACGCAGGGCUCCCACAACAAAGCCUGCACCCUGCUUUUCAUGGUACUCUACUUCUUCACUAUGGCUGGCAGUGUGUGGUGGGUCAUUCUCACUAUCACCUGGUUUUUAGCAGCUGUGCCCAAGUGGGGCAGUGAAGCCAUUGAGAAGAAAGCCCUCCUGUUUCAUGCCAGUGCCUGGGGCAUCCCAGGCACACUGACAGUGAUCCUGCUGGCUAUGAACAAGAUUGAGGGUGACAACGUGAGCGGAGUGUGCUUUGUGGGGCUUUACGACGUGGACGCACUACGCUACUUUGUGCUGGCCCCGCUGUGUCUCGAUGUGCUGGUGGGCGUCUCCCUGCUGCUGGCAGGCAUCGUGUCCCUAAACCGGGUGCGUAUUGAGAUCCCGCUGGAGAAGGAGAAUCAGGACAAGCUGGUGAAGUUCAUGAUCCGGAUUGGGGUGUUCAGCGUGCUGUACCUGGUGCCCUUGCUCGUGGUCAUCGGAUGUUACUUCUACGAACAAAGCUACCGGUCCGUCUGGGAGAUCACCUGGGUGCAGGAGCGCUGUCGUGACUAUCACAUUCCCUGUCCUUACCAGGUAUCUCAGACAAGCAGGCCUGACCUUAUCCUCUUUCUGAUGAAGUACCUGAUGGCGCUGGUUGUGGGCAUUCCAUCUGUGUUCUGGGUAGGCAGCAAGAAGACCUGCUUUGAGUGGGCCAGCUUCUUCCACGGUCGGCGCAGAAAAGACAGCGCAGUGAAUGAGAGCAGGCAGGUGCUGCAGGAGCCGGACUUUGCCCAGUCUCUGCUUCGAGACCCCAACACUCCCAUCAUCCGGAAAUCCAGGGGCACAUCCACCCAGGGCACCUCCACCCAUGCCUCUUCCACUCACUUAGCCAUGCUAGAUGACCAGCGGAGCAAAGCAGGCAGUGUGCACAGCAAGAUGAGCAGUUACCACGGCAGCCUGCACCGCUCACGAGACGGCAGGUACACCCCAUGUAGUUACAGGGGAGUUGAUGACAGACUGCCUCAUGGGAGCAUGUCCAGGCUCAAUGACCAGUCGCGGCACAGCAGCAUGCAUCGCCUCAAUGACCAGUCACGGCACGGCAGUGUUCGAGACCUGAGCAACGCUCCCACACACAUCACGCACGGGACCAGUAUGAACCGUGUCAUCGAAGAGGAUGGGGCGAGUGCCUAGGACUGGAACUGCGUCCCCAGUCACUGCGCUUUCUCUUGAAGGAAAAACAAAGACAGACCCUAUCCUGAAGAGAGGUAUUUUAGUAGAUCCAUGGGCCUCGACUAGGCUGUACAUUUCAGCAGCAUUGUAAAAAAAAUGGUUUUAUACUGUGAAGACAAAAUUAAAUUCCAUGAACGAAUGCCAAACCAGGAUCCUCUUGGAUUUAAGGUCAAUUUAGACUGCCUAUGAAGAUGUAAAUUAUUAAAGCACUCAGAUGAAAGGUACACUGCUGCCCUUUAGUGCUAAAUGCAUGACCGCUGUGGGGCAACUUAGCAUCUUCCAUAACAGGAUCUGCCAACCAUGUCAAAGACGGCUUGGAACAGAACAGACCUGUUUAGUGUUGUUUAUAGAGGGCCCCACGUUGGCAAAGUAUUUUUUUUUUCUGUUGCAAAAGUUGUAUUUAAUGUAAAUACUCUGCACUUCUGUCCCAAAUAUAGUGUUUUUUUAGACCAGGGAAGUCAAAUUGGACUGUUUUUGCCCUUAUAUGUUUUUAAAUACCUAGCAAAAAAUAGGUAUUUCAGAUAGGACCUUAAUGCAGAAAAAGCCUGUUAAGCCUUAAAAUCACUUGGUCUCCUUGCUUUGUGAUACAUUUUCCAUACUUCGCAUGGUCUGGCAGGGGUUGUCAUGUGUUAAAGCUUAGUCAUCUCUGGAUAGCACAGAAAUGUGCUAACAGCUGCAGUUCGCAUAUCCAGACUUCUUAAAGGAGCACACAAAAUAUACUUCAAUUUCCGAUGUAUGUCAUUGUCACAGUAUGUCAAUGUAAUGAAAAUGGCCUAAAGAAGAGCAGAGGCAAAUCAGAAGCCUAGCUUUCUUAAGAUGAAUGCCAUAUUUAUAGUUUCAGCUAAUGCUCAUUUAGCCCUAGUACUGCUAAUCUACCUCGGCCUUUGGUAGAGAGCUGUUUUCCCUGGAAAAUUGUUGUGACCGGGGAUCCAUUAAUGAAGUCCCUUUCCUUUGAAUGAGCAGGUGGUGACAUAAAUGCUUUGAAGUAACAAAGACUGAAAAGUGUAGCACAUACUGUUUUUGUUUGGUACCAGAUAAAAAAAGCAGCUUGGUACAGUGCACAAAGAAUCAAUCCCAUUGCCCUUGAGAAACUUGUGAAUUAUGAUGCAGUAUUUAUGCAAGACAAAAUUCAAGGUUUAACUGAUCAGUGAUCAAUCAAGAAACACGAUAUUUCAGGACCAAAACCCAAACCUGAAUUUUAUCUUUUUAGUAGAGAUAGAGCCUAACAUAUAUACCUCAAAGUGAUCCGGUGAAUAAUGCAAAUUGAGACAAUUGUUUUAAAAUAUUUAAGUUUCACAUACAAAAUUUAAGUUAAAAUGUCCUCACGCUGAUAUAGAACAAAAUUCAUUAGUAUUCUUAAGUAAGCUGUGCUACCUGCUUGCAAUAGCGAAACUGGAGUUAUGACAGUGUAUUCAUGCCUUAUUCUAUUUUGUGUCCACCAUAUGGAUGAGCCACUACAUCAAACUCUCUAGUAGAGAAGGCAGUAUCUGUUAAGUUAUUGACUUUUCUAAAGGAUGGUAUGUGAUUCCAGAUAGUCCUCUACUUACAUAAGAGUUCAAUUCUUGAAAUCAUUCCAUAAAUCAAAUUUGAUUCAAGUUGGAUUUCUCUCAUAAACCACAUGAACUUAAAGAAUAUUUUAUUCUUCUUUGAUGUUAGUAGGUUCCUAUCAUAUUAUGUUCACUUCGUAGCUCACAUGAACAUAUUUUGUAAUAUAAUGGAUAGUUUGCAUUCUGCAAUGAAAUAAAAUAUUUGAGGAUUAAAUAGACUCAUCACAAAUAAAACUAAAAUCUAUUGGAUGAAAUAGUAGAAGUUAUUCAAGGAAGUUAUUCCCUCUUUGGUAUAAAUUAGUAUCCUGUAUGAGCUGUAUCUGUAAAAAAUUAAGCAAAUUGAAAACCUUUAAUCAAUUUCCAUUAGAUGAAAUGUCAAAUUAGUGUAACCCUUGUAGUGUUGUAUGACUUCUCCUUCCUGGUAAUGUUAAUUGGGUUCCAGCGCUAAUGGAAUUCUGUUGACCAAUACGGAGUUGGUUCCAUAUUUCUUAUAUAUCUUGCUACAUCCCUGUUACCACAUGAAGACAUGAAUGACAUAAACACUCCAGGAGAAUGAAAAAAUGCACAUGGAAUAGUUCUGUUAGUUUGGUGUUGUCAGUUUCCUAGCCUUUUCCUGGGAACAGAUGUGUAUUCCUCAAUUUCUUUUGAACUCAUUACAUAAACUGACAGAGCCUUGAUUUCAACUGUUUUCCCCAUUAGACCCAGUUCUGUUUGAAAAAGGCAAUUGGGACUAUGCAGGUCUAAUAAUAUUUGUAGAGGGAGUGAUUCUCAAAAGUGUGCAUCAGUAAUUGGUUCUUCAGACAGCUAAUUUAAUUUCCUUUACUAAAUGUCCAGGCAGCCAGACUAAGGACCCAGUGAUAAAAAUGAUCCAAAAAAGAAUCUAAAUAAUUAAGUACUUCUUAAGGAGUACACUAAACCAAAGAAAUUAAAUGCUCAGAAACCAUAACACACAAAGGCUCCAUGGACCAGGACUACAAAACAAUGCGAUAAGAAGUGAGAGCUGACUUAUUCAAAUUUUAGGUUGCUUGUUUUCAUCUAAAGGUUUUGCAUGUAUCCACACUUAGCAUGUUCCCCUGAACCAAUUAACCUACAGUAUAUAUUACAGCAUAAUUUGGGGAGCCUGGCUACCUCAGAGCUGGGAGGCAGAUACAGUCUCCAACCACUUUAAUUCUUCUCCCAGCUCUCUUACAACUGUGCUGAAUUGAGUAUUAAGGGUUAGUUGUCACUUUGCUUAUGUUGUUCGUAGUCUUGGCAUCCUCUUUAGCAAAGUAUAGAAGCCCAUCAUUUCAAAGCUUAGGGUAAAUACUGCAUGACAAGCAUCAGUUGUGGUAGCUAACCUAAGACAAAAAUCUAAAACGUGGUUUGGGCUAUAGGCUAAUUUCAUGCAUUUACACAUUAAUUAUAGUAUAUAGGAAGACCUGUUAUAACCCAUUUGAGUUUUGAGAAAGGAUCAGAGUACAAAUUUUCUGGUGCUUUUGCCUUAUAUAGGUACUGUUGUACCACAUUAUUGCACAAUGUAUUGUAAUAUGUUUAUCACAUUAAGGAGGACAAAAAUAUUUCAUUUUUUAAUUACACAGAUAUUAACCUGAGCUCAUUAGAAUUAUUAUAGAUGUCUCUACUGGAUGCUUUAGGAUGUAUGUAGUGUAUAAAGUGCUUAGAAAAUAGCUUUUAAUUUUGUAAAUACUUUGCUUACUGUGCUACAGGACUAUGGAGUGGAACUGCACUACACUCAGCAGAACUGGCUUCUGGUAACAAAUUGCAGCUGUUUUGUUUUGUUUUCCUUAUAUAAACGUUACUCUUGUGUAAAUAAUUGCUUUUAAUGCAUCUGUAAAUAGUUAGGAAAAAUUUCCCACUGCUUUACUACUGUUUGUGUAAACAGUUACCAUAGCAAUAUAAAGAAUUACAGUAGACUAGGGAAGAGAAGGCAGUUAAGUUAUAGUAGCUGGAAACGGAACACAAACUGCUCUGUGACACAUGUUUGGAUUAAGCUGGGAAGACGAGCGUAUUUUUUAAUUUAAUUUAUGGUUCAUCUGAGAUCAGACAUGGAUUUCUUUAUGACAAAACAUUGGUCUGACUGUGUCGUACAGGGCAGACAUUGAAACAGUUGUCCACAUCAGGGUUCUCAUGGGAUGUAGGAAACCGGUUUUGCAUUUCAGCUGCUUUUCUUAAAUUAAAUCUCUGCUGUAUUGCGAAUGUGGUGUUGCUAUAAAUUGAUGUUCUCUAAUUCUAGUCCUCCAGUAACACUAAGGACUGGACAAAAUUAAUGCAUAGAUCCACCUGAAAUUCCCAAAUCACAAAGUAUCACUUCAUUUUUUUCUUUAUCAGACGUUUCUUUCCUCUGUACGAAAGAAAAUAUAGUAUCAAGUUUAACAUUAUAACUCUAUAAUCUCUCUUCUGCAUUAAGAAGCUUUUUUAUAUUGUUUUAUCCACAACAAUGCUAAAGGCAUCUUGCAAAUUCAAACUCUUGAAGGUUAGUAGGUAUCUAGUCUUGGAGGACUAGUGUUUCUAGAGGUUUUCUUGUUCUCUUUAAAGCUCCAGCUCUGAAAAACUGGGGAAAUUCUCAAACUGGCUCAUUAGGCCAGUACAAAGAUGAUUAAAGUCAGCGUAAUGAAGAGCUGGGUUUGAAUGGAAAUCUGUACACAUACUCCAGGAAUAGGAAUGGACAUGCCUUCUUUAGAUUAUUGAGUGUUUAAAAAUUGAAAAGGGUUAUAUUUUGUAUUUCCAAGUAAGGAAUUUUGAGAUUAGAGUAACAGAUAUUAGAAUACCCUUAAACCUAAUGAUUUUGAAACCUAGGGCCAACAUAAGAAAAUAAUUUGCUGACUUAGGAUAUUUCUCAUAACCGUUCCAAGUGAAAUUCUCUUGAACCUUUGUACUUAGUGUUAUAAGGCUGCAAAGAAUGAUUUGCAGCCUUUUGCACCUUUUAUUACUUACUGGAACACACCUUCUGCAGUAAUCUCUUCCAUGUUGCCUGCAGCAAAAUAACUCGAGCCAAGUCUGUAAAAGAACCUGUUUGAUAAUAAGCAGUGUUAUUUCCAAACAAGAAGAUACAAAACUUAACACCAGACCUUUGGGUAAGUCAGGGCUGAUUGUUUUGUGAAACCAGGCAUAACAAUAAAAAAAAUCCAAUUUUAUAAAUUCUCCAACUUGCAUCACAACCUCACAGAAAUUUUGUUGGCUUCCUCUUUAAAUGGUAAUUACGUUUAACUGUUUAACAAACUGUAAUAAGCUUGAACGUAAACACUGGUCGGUGAAGAUAAAGAUUGUUCUGUUUAGAGCAAAAAUAAAUUGGUGAAAAAGUUAAAGCCCUCAAUAUAAUUAUGAAAAACCUGUUGUGUCUCAACAGUGGUGAAUAGCACACACCAUUUGGCUUUCACUGACAACCAGCCAGUCAACAUUCUCCAACCUCUUUUCACAAAAACAUAAAAAAGCUUCUUCUGUUUUUACAGUGGCAGGAGAUUCAUCUGCAUUACCUUUCAGACUGACCUACUCAGACAGGUGCACGGUUGGCUGGACAGGGCAACUGAUCAACUUCACUUACAAACUGAAGUUGGCAGUAGUGAUUUUAUAUAACAGGAAUCCACCCUUGUCCUAGUGUAUGAAGAUCCAUUGUUGUUUUCACAUGGUAUGAUGUGCUCCAGGUGGCUGAGUGUAUACCGUAUAUCUUUUCAUCCUAUAAAGAUAUGCAGAAGUAGCUUUACCAACAGAAAUGUGAAUUGUAGACAAAUGUUGUUUUUCGUGAAAGUUCAGGGGGGAUUACAUCAGACAAGUUCUUCUUGGCUUCUGGGGCUCUAACCUGUAAUCCUCCAUAAUGUUAUUUCCCAAAAAAGAACCACAAUAAAGCCCUGUCACCGAUUGCAUUCAUCAUUCUGCUUUCAGACCAUCUCCAUCUCCUCACUCUGCACAAGUAGAUUAUCCCAUUGGAUGUUGUUAUUCCUAGUGAAUGGAUUGUUUAAUGUUACAUUAUUCACCAGCAUUGCAUAGCUAAUCAGUGUCAUACUGGAUAUCAUUAUUAUUCCUGAUUGGGUUGUUUAAAAUUAUAAUUGAUCUCUAGUUGGUAGAAGUCCUAAGUGUCUUCUAUUUUAUAUAAUAUCCAAAAAUGAUUGGUUAAAAAAUGAAGACACUAAAAGCUGAGGAAAUGUGAACAUUUUUUGGCUUUCGAGACCAAAAGCUUAUUGCAUUUAACAUUUUAACUAAUGGUGGUAGUACUGUACAAAUUAAUUUAUAUUAAAAAUAGGGUGGAGAUUAACAUCUGUUUUUUGUCCCUGCUAUGGAUUUAGGAAAAGUUUGUUUUCAAUUUACUGUAGUGUAUUUUUAGGGUUAAAUAUAAAACUAUCAACUUCUGUCUAGCAGAGCUGUUUCGAGAAGAAAUCUCUCUGAGCACAAACAAUGGAGUGCAAGUGUUUUAUGAAGUGUGACAUAUUCCUUGCAGGUCACAGGCGAUUUAGGUUGGUCUAAAUGCUGCAGCUAAUCUGUUGUUUCUUCUAUAUGAAGAAAUUCAAAGGAUUUUAACUUGUUCUUCUGCUAGGAAAUAAUGGCUUUCUGAACGUUUCUUUAAAUUAAACUUAAUUCUAUGAGGUCGUAAUUUAGAAAAGAACAUGAACUAAAAUAUACUUAAAUAUAACAAAAUACUGUGUGCUUUAUAUUUGUAAUGUUAAAAGUCCUUUUUUUAUCAAGUGGCUGAACCUACAAAAACAGAAACUCAUCUCACAUUGUGUUUCUUAAAACAAAGGCAGUGAACUGAUGAUGGUGUAUAAAAGUAAUGUCUGGUAAUACUGGACAAAUUCUGGAUGGAAGGGUUCCGAGAUGGUUUUGCUUUUACCUUGAUCAUGUACGCUAGUACUUUUAAAAUUGUUGUUAUUUGCAAAGUUUCAUUAAAUAAUAAUUGCCUGCUUUGUACAAGUGUCACGAAGUGCAAGUGUCAGGAAAACAAGUAGCUGUGUUCAAACAUGUUCAUGACAGUAACAUUAUUCUCAGUACCUGUAAAUUUGGCAUUUUCUCCUGCAUUAUGUGUAUAUAAAUUUGUUUUUUUAACGUUUUAGCACUUUAACUAUGUUUAGCUUUGUUUUAAAGUGUAUAGAUGUACAUUUCAGUUUUAGAAUGUGAAAAUUUAAA